AAAGUUAGGUUGAGAAAAUCAUUUUGCAAAGGGCAUGGAAAACAAAAAUGUCCGCCAGGACUAGAGGAUCCUUUUGAGGAAAACCCAUAAAUUGCGACAAAAUAAUAAAUAUUCUGCUUACCAUUUUAUCGAGAAGUUAAUCAGGAACUUUUUAUCUUACACACUUCACUUAAAAUCUUACUGAAAAGCAUAAUUUUUAAUUUUUUUUUUAUUAGAAAAAAUCCACUAACGUGAUUUUUUUAUUCUCACACUGCGUGGGCUACUGUGUGAUCGUUGUAAAUAAUUACGAAGUCAGUCGCAGAUGGCUUUGAAUUAAUUCCGCUACGUGGCAGUAGUAUCGGCGAAAACAAAAAAGUCUCAUGUCGGUGUGACUUUGGGGGAGGAUUUUUUUUGUGAAUUUUUAGCAAUUUAGGCUCAAACAAGGAGGAAAAACCUUGCAAAAAGUAUGACAAAGUAUUUAGAGACAAUUUUCUAUUUAGUACUUACGGCCAUUGUGUGUAAUAUUGGCGUAACAGAGGGUGCCCGGGCUCAGUAUGUGACAUGUGGAUCCGUUCUCAAGCUCCUCAAUGUGGCCUACAAUAUGCGCCUGCAUUCCCAUGAUGUGAAAUAUGGCACUGGAUCGGGACAGCAAUCAGUGACAGCCACGGAGAUUCAGGAAGAUGUAAACAGUCAUUGGGUAAUCAAGGCUAAGACUGGCAGACAGUGUGAACGAGGAGAGCCAGUAUCUUGUGGGGAUAUCAUCCGAUUGCAGCAUGUAACAACUAAGAAAAAUCUCCAUUCGCAUCACUUCCAGAGCCCACUGAGCGGGAACCAGGAAGUCUCAGCUUAUGGGGAUGAUCAAGGCGAAGGAGAUACAGGUGAUCAUUGGGAGGUGAUUUGUUCUGGGGAAUUCUGGCGAAGGGAUUCCUCAGUGAAGCUGAAACACGUGGAUACCGAUUCGUAUCUUGCUGUUUCCGGUCGUACUUUUGGCCGACCUAUCAAUGGCCAAAUGGAAGUGAUGGCCAUGUCGCAGCCUCGAAGAGAAGGCGAGUGGAAGGCAGCAGAAGGGAUUUUCCUCCAUGCCAAUGAGGUCAAAUCCCAUUCUCAUGCCCACACUGAAUUGUAGAUUGUCCCAAAAAAAAAAAACAGAAAUUGUAUGAAUGAAUGCGAGUUUAUUAAAUUAAUCGAAGAUUACAAAA